GCGAAAGAACCAAAGCAGAGAAAAUCAACGCAAGCAGUCGAAGUUUUUCAAAACUGAAAAUGUUGGCGAGAAUUUUGUUGGUGCUUUGUUGUAUAGCAGCAUGUAAAGGUAAAGAUUUCAUCCACAUUAAUUUUUAACCAAGAUCAGUUUACCAGUUUGUCCAUGGACAAUGCUCAUUAGUAAUAAGUUUGAUACUAUCAAACACACAGAGACACAUACGAACGCGCAAGAAAACACACAAAAACAGAUUUGAGAUUACUGUCAAAUAUGUUGAAAAUGCUAGAAAAGUUUCACAGGUUUAACUUCGUUUAAACAGAGUACUUUAUGAAAAACGCACUUUUGUGGCAACCAUGCAUGGGCAUGCACUGAAAACUGCCAUGUCCAAACGUUCUCGGUGCACUAUUUAAAUUCUCUCAAAAUUUGUCAGUUGCCUGCUUAACUAAAGAUAGCUUUAAUUUUUAGGAGGAUGGGUUAGCCUUGGCAACGGCUGUGUUGGUGCUAGGGGGGAUCACUUCGCACUGCUUACAUACAGUGGUACGCCUGGUUUUGUGACUGCUUUCAAGCUGACCCAUGUACGUGGAAAAAUUGGUUGUUAUGCUGAUGGAAACACAAACUGGGGAUGUAAUGGUCAGCACCGUACCAACAUGUACGUUACAGAUGUGAAGAACACUGUCAUGUACCCUUCACCUGUGUUGGUGAAGCCAUAUCAAGACGGUGGAUGGUAUCAUAUGCCUGGCUACUUUGAGAAUUCAAACCAACUUGUAUUUUCAAACGUUGGCACCAGGUAUUUGUAUAACGGGCAACAGAUGAGAGUCUGGUAUGGAGAAGAUCUGUACGGGUACACUGAAGGGGACAACCAUGGCCUCACCUGCUUCCACGCUGAGAUAUACUUCACUAGCUAUGCAUGAAUCAUGUGAAAUAUCAUCGAUGAUAAAUUAAAGAAAGCUCGACAUUAGACUUUAACCCAUGCAGUUUAAGGACAGUUAUUUUGUUUUUUGAAAUGAAUGAUUCAUUAUAUUCCUAUUAUUUAGUUACUAAGUAAGACAUAUUUGUUGUGAAGUUUAGAUGCAUGCGUAUAUAUGUCACAAUGAAGCGUGAUAAAAUUUAAUAAUAAAAACAGG